UUUCACCAUACACACUUCCUACUACUACACCAUACUACAACUGCUACUUCUCUCCAUCUCUCUUUCUAGAUUGUACCGCAUUCUUUUCUUUUGUUUAUUUUUUUUUUUUUGUUUUUCUCUUCACUCGCAGAUCAACUUCUUCUACCCUUCAACGCUCUUUCAUGGCUUCGAUCAUCGAAUCUGCCUGGCAGAUUUAGGUAACUUGGAAAUAUGAACGAAAUCGUGUUGGGAGUUUGGAAUUGGGAUUUUUGAUAGGGAAAGGCACUAAGAAUUGAACAUCUAGAGCGGAAUCGAGCUAGUGCCUAGAAAAGCUAGAAUUGAAUUUCCUCAUCAAACAAAAAGACUACGAAAUUGUCAGAAAUUUUCUUAGUAAUGGCUGCAAUUGUAGCGACUUUUUGCAUAUAUGAUUUGCUAUCUCUGGAUCGCAUACCUUGAGCCAAGGCCUAGGCACAUGAAGCUAUGUACUUUGGCAUCUCUCACCAUAUUUUUUUUUUUUGGCUUGAGAAUUGUUAUUUUCUGCUUGAUUAUUUACUCAAUAUAUAUUGAAGUUGCUGACCUUUUUGUUCAUUUGAUGGGAUGCAUGAUGUGUGUAGUAUCUUAUCACAAAUUUCAGUGAUUUUCAACUGGCAUGUCUUGGAAGCUUCUUUCUCCAUGAGAGUGUUUUCUUCUUAUCUGGGCUUCCCUUUAUAUAUCUUGAGAGAGCAGGAUGGCUUAGCAAGUACAAGAUUCAGACAAAAAAUAACAGCCCUGCAGCUCAGGAGAAAUGUAUAACUCGCCUGUUGCUGUAUCACUUUGGUGUCAACCUACCAGUUAUGAUUUUCUCAUAUCCUGUCUUCAGCUACAUGGGCAUGAGAAGUAGUCUUCCUCUGCCGUCCUGGAAAAUAGUUUUAACACAGAUAAUUUUCUACUUCAUCUUAGAGGAUUUUGUAUUUUACUGGGGACAUAGGGUUCUCCAUACAAAAUGGCUGUACAAACAUGUGCACAGUGUCCAUCAUGAAUAUGCAACACCUUUUGGACUGACAUCUGAAUAUGCUCACCCUGCUGAGAUAUUGUUCCUUGGCUUUGCGACUAUAGUUGGUCCUGCUAUCACUGGUCCCCAUCUAAUAACACUUUGGUUGUGGAUGGUAGUAAGAGUGCUGGAGACAGUUGAGGCACAUUGUGGGUACCAUUUUCCAUGGAGCCUCUCAAACUUCCUUCCUUUAUAUGGCGGUGCUGAUUUCCAUGACUAUCAUCAUCGCUUACUUUACACUAAGUCAGGCAACUACUCUUCAACCUUUACUUACAUGGACUGGAUAUUUGGAACUGACAAGGGCUACAGAAAGUUGAAAGAGUUGAAAAGAGUUGGAGCUGAAGAAGACAACAAGGAGAUGUAAGCAAAAAAGAACCAUAUAAUAAUUUUUCAGAAUUAGCUGCACUUGAAGAAAAGGGUUUAUUGGAUUGAAUGAGUUAUGGCAGUGUUCUCAUCUCACCUCAGCCUCACCUCACCCUUGUGUGCAACCCACAGCCCUUUUUGUGUUUAGUAUUUCAUUUAGAGCAUGUACUGGAGUGGACUUGGCGAAAAGUGUUCAAUGGACACUUUUUUUCCUUCCUAUUCCCUAGUGAAUGAAAUAGUAACACUUUUAUUCUUUUGCCCUCUAUUUUCAUUUUUGGUUUCUUUUCUCAUUGACGUCUCUACUUCGUACUGCUGCCCAACCCUUUUGAGUUUGAUUAGAUUUUUAUUUUAUUAUUAUUAUUAUUUACAAUUCAGUUCCCUGAAUUGGGGCAUAAUUCUAUAAUCUGAUGGAUUUGUUAUUAUUGAAGGUCA